CCGCCCCGCCCCGCUUAAGGCGACCACACCCGGAGAGUUUUCCGCCCCGCGGGCUCCUCCGGCGGUGCGCAGACGCUCGCGGGUCGAGAUCCGGGUAAGCGACAGUGGGAAGGAGCUGCACGCUCGUCAACCUCAGCGACCGGUGCCAGAGUCAACUAUGAGCUACCCAGGCUACCCCCCACCUGCUGGUGGCUACCCCCCAGCUGCUUCAGGUGGUGGUCCCUGGGGAGGUGCUGGCUACCCUCCUCCCAGCAUGCCCCCCAUCGGGCUGGAUAACGUGGCCAACUAUGCAGGACAGUUCAACCAGGACUACCUCUCGGGCAUGGCAACCAAUAUGUCUGGGACAUUUGGAGGAGCCAACAUGCCAAACCUGUAUCCUGGAGCUCCCGGGGGUGCCUAUCCUCCAGUCCCCCCUGGUGGCUUUGGGCAGCCCCCUCCUGCCCAGCAGCCUGUCCCUCCUUAUGGAAUGUAUCCACCCCCAGGGGGAAACCCACCUCCUGGGAUGCCCUCAUAUCCAGCAUACCCAGGGGCUCCCAUGCCACCCCCUGGGCAGCAGCCCCCAGGGGCCUAUCCUGGACAGCCUCCGAUGACCUAUCCUGGACAGUCACCAAUGCCACCCCCUGGGCAGCAGCCAGUGCCAAGUUACCCAGGGUACUCAGGAUCCAGUACCGUCACCCCUGCUGUGCCUCCAGCCCAGUUUGGAAACCGAGGCACCAUCACAGAUGCUUCCGGAUUUGACCCCAUGAGAGAUGCUGAGGUCCUUCGGAAGGCCAUGAAGGGCUUUGGAACGGAUGAACAGGCCAUCAUCGACUGCCUGGGGAGCCGAUCUAACAAGCAGAGGCAGCAGAUCCUCCUGUCCUUCAAGACAGCCUAUGGCAAGGAUCUGAUCAAAGACCUAAAAUCAGAACUGUCGGGGAACUUCGAGAAGACGAUCCUGGCCCUGAUGAAGACCCCGGUCCUGUUGGAUGUCUAUGAGAUAAAGGAGGCCAUCAAGGGGGCCGGUACUGAUGAGGCCUGCCUGAUUGAAAUCCUUGCUUCCCGGAGUAACGAACACAUCCGGGAACUAAACAGAGCCUACAAAACAGAAUUCAAAAAGACUCUGGAGGAGGCCAUUCGAAGCGACACCUCGGGGCACUUCCAGAGGCUCCUCAUCUCUCUGUCUCAGGGAAACCGUGACGAGAGCACAAAUGUGGAUAUGUCCCUUGUCCAGAGAGACGUCCAGGAGCUGUAUGCAGCCGGAGAGAACCGCCUGGGAACAGAUGAGUCUAAGUUCAAUGCAAUUCUGUGCUCCCGGAGCCGGGCCCACCUGGUGGCAGUUUUCAACGAUUACCAGAGGAUGACGGGCCGAGACAUCGAGAAGAGCAUCUGCCGGGAGAUGUCUGGGGACCUGGAGCAGGGCAUGCUGGCUGUGGUGAAAUGCCUGAAGAACACCCCCGCCUUCUUUGCCGAAAGGCUCAACAAGGCCAUGCGGGGAGCAGGGACAAAAGACCGGACCCUGAUUCGCAUCAUGGUGUCUCGCAGCGAGGUUGACCUCCUGGAUAUCCGAGCGGAGUAUAAGCGGAUGUAUGGCAAGUCGUUGUACCACGACAUCACGGGAGACACUUCCGGGGACUAUCGGAAGAUCCUACUGAAGAUCUGUGGUGGCAACGACUGAGCAGUGACAGUGGCUCGCCCCUGCCCCCUGCUGGCCGUGUCCGGGAAAGACCCAGAGAGCAUCCUUCAGUUUUUCCUAGUCUACCCAGUUUAUCCCAGGCACACCAUUUCUCCCCCGGAGAACCAUGGCCUUUUCCUUCUGGUCUCUCCUCGUCAUCCCCAUACCGUGCCGAAAGGGCCCUGCUGGGCCAGAGUUCUCAGGCAGCCGUCUCCCUGGCCCUCACAGACUUUUGCCGUUCAGAAUAGAUGUCUUUCUUUCCUGGCCUCUCCAAUCAUUCCUCUCAUUGCUUGUGACUAAGACUCUCAGCUUUGUGAUUUUGUGUUUCUAUUUGAAAACUUUUUUUUAAACCAUCAUUGCCAGACGGAUACAUAAAAGGGUGUUUACUAUAUACAUGUUUCUGAGGAGAGUGGUUAAGUGGGUGGUAUACCCUGUUUGUAUCUGGUGAGGAUUGUCAUGAGUUUUGUUUUUUGCCAAACUCACUCCUUUUUUAGAAAAAAGCCAAAAAAAAGUCACUUGUUCCAUCUUCCAUGCAAAACCAUGUAAGAAUAGAGCCAGUCCCCGGCCAGUGGCCGGGAUCCUUCUAGUUGGGAAUGUGCCUUAAAACCUGAAUGUCUGUAAGCCAAAAGCUGUUUCCAAAUUAAAGUCAGCCAGUGCUGGAACAUUCUGGAAAUGUC